UCAAGGAAGAAGAAGAAAAGCAAAAAAAGAUGGAUAUGGAAACAGUAGCACCCCAAGCUCCAUUGACUCGUGAAAGAAAGAUUCGAUCCGAUCUCGAGGAAAAAUUGUCCAAACCAUAUUUGGGAAGGGCAUCGGCAGCUGUGGACGCGGAUCAUCCACAAGGAACAGUAGGACGUGACAGUAAAGGAAUGAGUGUUCUUCAGCAACAUGCUUCCUUUUUCGACCAAAACAAAGACGGAAUCGUUUAUCCCUGGGAAACUUACAGAGGUUUGAGAAAUCUUGGUCUGGGUCGCUUUGAAAGCCUUUUUGCUGGAAUCAUCAUCAAUAUAGGGUUGAGUUAUUCCACACUCGAGGGAUGGAUACCAGAACCGUUUUUUCCCAUAUAUAUCGACAGAAUCCACAAAUGCAAGCAUGGCAGUGAUUCUGCAACGUUUGACACUGAAGGAAGGUUCAUGCCAGUUAACUUUGAGAACAUCUUCAGCAAGUAUGCUCGAACUGUGCCUGACAAGUUAACAUACGAUGAAGUGCACAUGACCCAGUCAAAUCGAAACCAAUUAGACUUCCUUGGCUGGAUAAUCUCGAAGGGUGAAUGGCUGCUUUUGUACCGAAUUGCAAAGGAUCCACAAGGCUAUCUGUCUAAAGAAGCAAUAAGGGGAUGCUUUGAUGGGAGUUUGUUCGAUUAUUACCAUGAUGAAUAAGGCUAAGAGGAAUUAAGGUCUACUGAUCGAACCACUGCAUGCUGCUUGUUUGAAAUAUGUGUUUGAAAUAAACUAUCCAAUGUAUCUGGACUAAGGUUUCAUCCUUUUCUACAAUAAAUUCACUGCGUUAUUUUUAUUUUUA